AUGGAAGAGCCCGAACAUCUGUCAGCGGAGACCAGGAGCUCUCAGGUGCUGUACCGUGCUGCUCUUUCUUCUACUACUGUAAAUAAACUGCUGCUGGAGUUUAGCAGGAUUAGACACUGUUUGAUGGAGGGCUACAGGGAGGCAGCAGGAAUGUUCCAGAGCUUUUCUCUAGUCUUUAAGGUGUUUGGCCUGUUUGAGGUCCCUGUCAGUGGCUCUCUGCCCUCUGAAAGACGCAGUACAGUUAAAGCAAACUCAUGCUGUGAUGCAUAUUUCAUUAAUCUGCUACACGCUGCUGCAGAAACACUGAGCUGCUCUGCUUCUGUGAAUAAUGCAGCACAGAUUACUGAGGUAAACUUAUACAGCUGCAGGAUGGUGGGACGGUUUGUCUGUGUUUACACCAGAUCAGAUCCUGAAAGUGAAGUCAUGUUGCGGGGCUAUGUGUGUGUCUGUGGGGUGUUUCUGCAGCAGGUGACAGACCCUCAGCAGAGUGUUUGGGUGUUCCUGCAUCAGCUCUGA